AUGCGGUUGAAGCAGGAUGACUACGUCAUUUUCUGCCCUGAUAGAGUCAAGAUGCUAACGGAUAAGCGAAUUAACUUUGAUUCUGUGAACCUCGACCUAUGGCCGUUUUCCCAAGAAGAUCCGGGGCAACGAAUUCCUGUGCUCGACCACGAUGUCGCAAAGGAGGCGGAGUCCAGUCUCGUGAUCUACUCAGCAUAUGGGUGUGAAGAUCUGCUAAAUGUUGGAUUGCUCACUGUGUAUUUAGAUAAGUCCUUCUCGAUAGAGUAUAAAGGUAGACAUAAAAGCAGAUAAGAGUGGAUCUGUUGUAUUUGGUCCAGCAGUCUUUUCCUCCAACGGUGUGCCAGCAGUCAACUUAGCAUCCCCUUUCAGUAUUUCUCUGACUGUCCGACAUGAAUCCCCACGCACGCUUGAGCCCCAAUUUCAUAGCGGAGACGAGGAAUACGUGACGUAUUUUCACAUCCACAAGGUAAGGUUCUUCCAGUGGUUUGGGACGGGUAGAAACGUGAAGACGACGGAUGCAGAUUUGUUCUGGAACAAUUUUGAGCUCCUAGCUGUGUGGGAAUGGUGACUGCUUUCGCAGUAGAAAGGCGCUGCCAGGAGUGGAGGCGGAGGUAAUAUUUUCCAAAUUAGCACUUUUUGGACUCGGAGACUUUCAUUAUGUAUUAUUUGUCUAAUCCAGUUUCCUUUGCGAGAAUGUCUUUGUUCUCCAAUGGAUUUUAUCAUCUUGCUCGAAAACCCACUCAUCUCCACAGGAUGCCUGGUAGAUACGGGGAAAACGAGGGAGCAGCGGGCCUGUUGUUCGUACAAGUUGUGUGAGAUGACGACUCGACAAUAAAUCAUGUCGACAAGAGCAAGAUUAUGCGGUGACGUGGCGGGAGUUGUGGUUGGUUUCUUUUAGAACGAAUGGAGGACAUUAUCGAAGCUCCAACCUCAAAGACGACUUGACAGCUAUUAGAUUGUUUAUUGAAGUAGUUACCUGUUGUUGUGAAAAUAUUAUUUCCAUCUCGUUGUCUGCUGGACGACUCACAAGUCUGCAAGGGCUUGUUGAUACGCCUGACGUACUACCUUUUUUCCAUUUCGAUCCAGUUUAUCUGGCAUGAUCAAGAGGACCGAAGGGCUUCGGCUCUCAUGAAAACGAAUAUUAACAUUGCACAGUCCAGAUUUCGGAACGAAUGAAGUGCGAACCCUAGGAGUAUCACUUCGCGAAAAUCUGACUACAACUACUAUCGGUGUCUCCUCACGUUUAUGAUCACGGGGAAGAGGUUGGAGUUGAGAAAAUUCUUCGAGGGAGGCCUAUCGGGCGAGCGCUUCUGGCAGGCAAGAC